GAUUGCGUUUAAACCCGAGGAGAAACAGGAGAGGAUCAACGGGUGAGAAACCGCAGAUUUCUCAUUAAAAUGGUCGAUCCACACCGACAUGUGGACUGAGAUCGUCUUGAUCGGAUUUGUGGUUCUGCGGACCGCAGCCUCAGCCCGUCUGCCCAUCCCCACUGGUGUUCACUUCUCCUCUGUGAAUCUAAGGACCGUGCUGCACUGGUCUCCAGGGCAUGGUUCACCAGAAGACACACGCUUUACAGUGGAAUAUGCCAUCUAUGGUGAAACCACCAACAAAAGAAAAGGAAUACUCUGGAGACCAGUGAGGCAGUGCAUGGAUAUAGGCGGGACUUGGUGUGAUCUGAGCGCUCAGAUGCAGGAUCUGGAACAGGCAUAUUAUGCCAGAGUUCGUGCCUUGCGAAGAAAAUCAUCUUCAAAGUGGGCUGAGACGCAGAGAUACGAUCUAAAGACAGAAACUGUUUUUGGCCCCCCGUCAGUUACCGUGGAAAUAGAGAACAACAGUGCAACCGUCACUUUGGUGGGACCCAUGAGGUAUUCACCAACCAACCACUCACUAGCCGUCUCCAUGAACUCAAUCUACCCUCACACAUCUUAUAACCUCUUCAUCCACAACACCUACCUCGACAAGAUGCAUCAUAUCCCAGUCUCCGCCAGCCCGUACAAAUAUCAGCUGAUGGCGUACAAUACAAAAUACUGCUUCUCUGCCAAGUCGAGGUUCGUCUCCAUAGAAAUGCGAAGCGAGUCUUCACCUUGGCACUGCCUCACUACGCCUAAAGAUCCGGUGAUUGAGCAGCUGCAGAAAUCACUUGUGGGGAUUGUCGUUCCAUUUCUGUGCCUUUGUGUGAUUUUGGUGGUUGGCUGCUGUCUCUAUAGCUACCUGAGUGGGAAAGACCAGAAGAGCCCACACAUACUGAAACCAAUCUCAUUUUCCCCUCCUCCUCUCAAACACCCUCCUGAAAACGUCAACCUUAUUGUUAUCAGCACCAUCGGACAACCUCCACAUCCCAAUCUCAAGCCAAAGAUCGCUGCUCCUCCGUCUGGUUAUGCAUCACAAAACCUUCCCGAGAUGCCCUUUCAAGAGCAAGAUGAACACUUGGAUGAGUCAUCAAUUGAUUACAGCACUGUUAGCAAACAGGACAAGACAGGUGCAACGUCUCGAGAUGAAGGAGACGAUGGGAACGAUCUGAUGUGUGAGCACCACACGUCAGGAGGCAAUUACGCACCUCAGCUGGCUUCCUGUCUCUGCCAGAGGCCGACCCACGAAGUCGACCAAUCAAAUCAUUCACAAACGGAGGCAAGUGCUCUAUUGCAGGCCCAGCCAUGGUCACAAGUAAGUCAGUCCUCUCAGGGAUCGGUAGUAGGUUGUGAAGAGGCUUCAGGUUUGUUUAUUAGCAGGAACCUCCAAACUGGCCUCUUUGAUUUAAGUCUAAACAUACCUAAAUUGCAAGAGGGGGAGGAGAUAGAUGAAAAGUCUAAUGAAGAUAACAAUUCAGAAAUUAGGACUGAGAAUGUUCCUCUGCUUUCUGGUUAUGCUGCCCAGACCAUCCUAAACAUGCAUCCAGUCCCUAAUGAGCAGUCACCCUCUUCACCAGACUACUGUGGUGUCGUGACACAGAGAACAAAGGAAACUGAGGGUGAGAAAGAGGAGGGGAAUGCAUAUUCUUACAGAAACGACGAGAUCAGGCGACGAGUGCUGCCACAGAUGGAUUGGGGCUUGAAGAAAGAGGGGGGGUGGGGUGGACUGAAGCCAUCAGAGAUCGGAGAAGAAGACGGGGCAGCGGGAAGAGACGAGGCGUAUAUGAUAAGAGAUGGGUCAAUGCUGAAAGGUUUGCUGCUCAAACAGUCGUCUGAGGAAGAGGAUGAUGAUGAUGAUGCAGAGUGGGAAGUGAAUGAGCUUUUAAAUAAAUGGAACCUAGUUAUCUCCUAAACGAUGAAGAUACAAAUCAACACGUUAUCCCAGUUUUACAAAAGGGUAAAAAAGUCAUGAAUCAAGCAGAUCAGUUGUGUUAAUAACUGAUGUGGAUCGGUAUGUGAUGAUAUCACACUUAAAGAAGCACUAGUGGUAACUUUUAUGUCUGUGCACCAUGGACGUAAUUUUCACUUUAGAAGUGUGUGUGUGUGUGUGUGGGGGGGGGGGGGGGGGGCGCUUGGUCCUAGAGCUCAACCAGUGUCAAUUUAACAUAGUGUAAUAUUGUUUUUGGAUGGUAAAAAGUGCAGGGGUCAAAACUUGACUUUGGAAAAAGUGGGGGGGACAUGUCCCCCCGUACCCCCCCAAAAUUACGUCCAUGCUGUACACGUUGGAUUUUUGAUGCUUGCAAAGAGAUUGCACUGUAAUUAACCCAUGAAGGAAAUCUAAGUGUGAUAAUAAGUACCGUCAUUAGUGUCUGCAUUUUAUUAUUUUUUUAUUUAAGGGGAUGUAAUGAUUAGGGGUAGACGGAUAUAUCGGGCCGAUGGUUACCGUUUUUUAUAAAUCAGCUUCGGCCGAUAUCUGUCCUUAGGAAAGCCUUGGGCAACCCGGUGCUGUUGCAGAAUUUAAUUUAAAUGUAUUUUUAUGUUCACUAAUAGCAUCUGCAUAGUAAAUAAUCUAAAUUAACUUUGUUUAGGUGUCUAACUUUAACACUGAGCAGUGCACAGAGUUCAGAUUUAACAGUUAGAUAAAUUCAGAGUUCAAAAAUGCGCAUCAGCUGAUUAUUAGUGACAAUUUACCAUGAAAAUAAGGUGGAAAACAUCUAGAUAUUGGCCAUGAACAUAUCUAUAUUGGCAAUAUAAAAACCAAUGUCGGUUAACCCCCCAGUAAUGACGCUCCACUGGAUCCCAACAACUAAUACAAGAAAACUCUUAAAAUUCAGGUUUCUAAUAUUUCAAAACUACCAAAUCCAUCAUAGUUGUUAAGCUGUAUUUAAUAAAAUGUUUUAAAGAGCUCGACCUCUAACAAAAUUAGACUUUCCUCGAAAAAAUCAGCUGUAUUGAAUCUGAUGCAGACCCUCUAGUGAAGGAUCUAAGUAUUGCAAGUGGCAAGUGCCAAUUUAAUUUCCUUUUAGAAUUGUUGCAUUACUAUUUAAUCGCUAAUUUCAGUGUAUAGCACAAGUAUGCCACAUUUAUAAUAAAUUAGCCAUUUAAUAGAUAAAAAUAUUACGUUUUAGGUUUCAUAGGGUGGGCUGCGCAGUGGUGCAGUGGUUAGAGCUGUUGCCUUGCAGCGAGAAGGUCCUGGGUUUGCUUCCCGGCCUGGUAUCUUUCUGCAUGGAGUUUGCAUGUUCUCCCUGUGCAUGCGUGGGUUCUCUCUGGGUACUCGGGCCAGGGGCGUGUACAGGGAGUGGCCUGGGGUAGCACAUGCCACCCUUGGAAUCUAAUUGGUCACCCCAGGUGCCCCCACACUAAUUUACCUUUAAAUAGGCUUUUCAUUGUCCACAAAAGGCUUUGGGGUUAAACAAAAAAAGCAUAACCGUUGGUGCCACCCAUGCACAAAGUUGUGCCUCACCUGGGCCACCCCAUUUUAAAAGAUCUGGACACGCCACUGACUCCGGCUUCCUCCCACAGUCCAAAAACAUGACUGUUAGGUUGAUUAGUCUAUCUAAAUUGUCCUUAGGUGUGUGUGUGUGCGAUUGUUUGUCCUGUGUGUCUCUGUGUUGCCCUGCGAUGGACUGGCUCUCUGUCCAGGGUGUACCCCACCUGAUUGCCCGUUGACCGCUGGAGAUAGGCACCAACUACCCCCCGCGCGACCCUGCAUGGACAAAAUGGGUUCAGACAAUGGAUGGAUGGAUGGAUGGGCAUCAUAGGCUUUGGUUGUGGUCUGCUGGUUUAGUGGGGAAAUUUCCCAACCCUUUAUAAAGUAAACAACAUUUGUUAUGAUUCUGUAGGUUCCUUAUUUGGUUUCCAGAUAAAUCUCCUAAACUUCUCUUUAGAGACAGAAAAUUAAUAUUUUUGUAUCGGUGGUAAAUGUAACUGAAUUAUAACAGUAGAUGCACUAUAAAGUUGUGGAUGAUCAGAGUCAGACAUUGUUCUAUGAUGUUACAAGGUGAAUGACUAGCACUUUAAGAUGAUUGAUGAAGAAAUGUGUAAAUUUAAAGUUUGUGUUGUUGAUUGAUGUGGUUUGCUUUCGUUUUGUGUUUCCGUCUUCGGUAUUACCUGCAUUGUCAGCUUGUCCUGUCUUUCUGGUUUUUUAACUCCUGUCUGCUUCUGACUCAUUUACAAGCUGUCACACUCCAUAGCUUACUACUGCUUCACCUCCACAGUGAAACAGCAGCAGUAAAUACAUUCACUUUGUCUUUUGCACUGUAAUCCAAAAGAAACCCCAAUGUGAACUUGAACAUUUGUCGAUAUAUGAAGGAAAUCUUUGUGCGUUUUUGGUAUUUUGUCCCUCGUUUUAUGUUUAUGUUAUGUUCUUUGUUAUAUUAUUAAAAGAUCUGCAAGUGAAUCCACUGCCUUGGGCUUUUAACCUUCACGUUACAGAGAUGGGAAAAUAAAACAUAACAUGUACAUUAUGGAUUCUGUAUUUGUACAACUCAAGUUGAUGGGAAAUGUGAUUCUGUAUUAUGUAUUUGAAUUUUGGGGUGGUCGCUGAUGUAUUUGUGCAGUUUGUGACUGUUUCUGAACAGCAAAUGGAAUGCGAUCUAAAAAUAAAGCAAAAACUGUGUUUAUUAUA